AUGAACAUACGCUGCGCCAAACCCGAGGACCUUAUGACAAUGCAGCACUGCAAUCUGCUGUGUUUGCCUGAGAACUAUCAAAUGAAAUACUACUUUUAUCACGGCUUGACUUGGCCCCAAUUGAGCUAUGUGGCCGAGGACGAUAAGGGUGGCAUUGUCGGUUAUGUGCUGGCCAAAAUGGAGGAACCCGAGCCCGGUGAGGAGAGCAAACAUGGACACAUUACAUCGCUGGCGGUCAAGCGUUCCUAUCGUCGUCUCGGUCUCGCCCAGAAACUGAUGAAUCAGGCCUCCCAAGCCAUGGUCGAGUGCUUCAAUGCCCAGUACGUCUCGUUGCACGUACGCAAAAGCAAUCGCGCUGCCCUCAAUCUUUACACCAACUCGCUGAAGUUCAAGAUCAUCGAGGUGGAGCCCAAGUACUAUGCGGAUGGUGAAGAUGCUUAUGCCAUGCGUCGCGAUCUGCGGGAGUUUGCUGACGAUGACAACAAGGGGCAGAACAAGGAUGGCGAGGAGGGCGAGAAGCACACACACAGAGGCACCUCUGGCACUCACAAUCACAGUGGUCAUGAUGGUCAUUGCUGCUGAACAGCAGCUUUGGAAACACAAAACAAAACUAAAUACUUACAAAAGGGCAAUGGAAGUAAUACAAAAAUGGAAUGCAUGCUGCAUUGUAGUCUUGCAUUUUUAUGCGUUAGGUUUUGUAUUUAUGUAACACAUAAAACAUAAAAUAAUAAUUAAACGAUAAUGACAAAAAACAA